AUGGUUGACUCAAGUGAAACAAUUCAAGAAAUUGCUUACAAGUUAAUGUUGGAGCAAAAUAAGAAUGAAAAGAUUCUUAAUGGGCCAACAGAACGAACGACUUUUGUUUUAGGAUCAAAAGGAGUUGGAAAGACAACAAUGAUUAACAACUUCUUGGAUCGAAAUGAAUCAGUGAAACCGACACUUGCACUUGAAUAUUCAUUCGCACGUCGGACGAACUUAAGUGGUCAGUCAAGUCAAAAACUGAUAGGAAAUAUUUGGGAGCUUGGAAGUUUAGCGAAUUCUCAUCAAUUGAUUGACGUUCCAAUCAAGUCACAUGGUCUUGAACAAUUUUCCGCUGUUAUCAUUUUGAAUUUAUCAGAACCAAGCGAACUUUCAAACGAUUUGGAAUCAGCGCUUCAAGGACUUAAGCAAUCAAUCUCCAAUCUUUAUAGCGACGAUGAAAUACGAAGGUUUAGACACAAUAUUAUUGAAAAUGGAUCGUUCAAAGACCACCCGGAUAUUAACACUAUGGAAGUCAUGCCGUGCACAACGGUCAUCAUCGGCGGAAUGUACGAUAAGUUUGAGAAUCUUGAUCCUGAAGUUAAAAAGCAUGUAGUGAGGUUUUUAAGAUCCGUUAGUCAUGCCGUUGGAGCCACUCUGAUUUUCUAUUCAAAUAAAGUUUCGUCAUUGUCAAAGACUGCUCGUGACGUUAUGAAUAAUUUGUUGUUUGGAAGUCCACAGAAUCCUAUUCGUGCUGUUAAAACGGAUUACAACGAACCAGUUCUUAUCAGUCAUUUCAGUGACUCUUGGGAGAAAAUUGGCGUGAUGCCAAGUAAUUCGGAACGCAUUUCGAUUACCUUCACAUCCCAAAUUCAACAGACAAAGUCGAAGGAAAACAAAGAAGUGAAUGAUCCGACAAAAGAUCCAAACUUUCGUGAACCCAUCAUUGACGAUUUACGUGCGAUGAAAGACGAAGAACUUUUCAGAUUAAUUAAAAAUUCUGAGAUGAAAGUUAAAUUUGAUUCCUUCAAUUUAGCAAAUUCUCCAUUCAAUUAUCUUAACUAG